GACUCAACCAAUCGUCACUACACCUCACCCACCGUUUCUCAUCACUACCCUCCGUUGGUUAUAUAUAUAUUCCUCUCCCUUACCUAUCUCUCCACUCUUCAAAAUAUAAACCAACAAAAUCUUAUCUUAGCUACCACAAUUCUAGUAUCUAUCUAUCUACACUAUUCUACUACCAGUCACAUUUGAUGCUUAUUGGCAGAAGAGGAAAUAGAAGAAUCAAACAAAUGGGAGAGCAAAAGAAUGAAACCGAGAAGAAAGUUGCCGAUGGAGCAGCAGCUAAGAAAGACGACACUCCUGCUCCUGUCGUUUACAAGCUCGACUUACAUUGUGAAGGAUGCGUUAAGAAAAUCAAACGAACCGUUCGCCAUUUCGAAGGUGCGGAAACCGUUAAAGCAGAUCUGGCUUCAAACAAAGUGACAGUUACCGGUAAAAUUGACGCCGUUAAACUACAAGAUAAGCUAGCCGAGAAAACUAAGAAGAAAGUUGAAAUCAUCUCAGCGCCGCCGCAAAAAGACGCCGCUUCCGGCGAGAAACCAUCGGAGAAGAAGCCCGACGAGAAAAAGUCGGAGGAGAAAAAACCUGAAGAGAAAAAGCCAGAAGAAAAUAAGCCUAAAGAGAGUACGGUGGUUUUGAAGAUCAGAUUACACUGUGACGGUUGCAUUUCCAAAAUUAAAAGAAUCAUUAUGAAGUUCAAAGGGGUAGAAACGGUGAUCCUUGACGGUGACAAGGAUUUGGCAACAGUGAAAGGAACAAUGGAUCCGAAGGAGUUGGUAGAAUAUUUGAAGGAGAAGCUGAAGCGAAACGUUGAUGUAGUUGCCCCUAAGAAAGAUGAAGAGAAGAAAGAGAAAGACGGUGGAGGUGAAAAGAAAGAAGAGAAAAAGGAAGAAAAAGAGAAAAAGGACGGUGGUGAUGGUGAGAAGAAGAAAGAGGAGGGUGGAGAAGCGAAGGUGGAGGUUAGUAAAAUGGAGUAUCAGUACCCGAUACAAUCUCCAAUGUAUUGGUACGAUGGACAUGUUAACCAAGGUCAAAGUAGUAAUUAUGCUAUGGAGUUUCAACAACCGGGGUAUGGUGGUCAUGAUAAUCAUUAUAUGGAGCCUCAUGGUGGGUAUAUCAAUCAUGGUAAUUAUCCCAUGCAGCCACCUCAAGUACCGUUUUACAUGCACCCUCAUCACCCUCCUCCACAGAUGUUCAGUGAUGAGAAUCCCAAUGCUUGUUCCGUCAUGUGAUCAUGAUAUUUUAGAAACUGUGUUUUUGAUCGAGUGUACGCUUAUACACACGGACGCAAUACGUACUCAUGAUGUAAUUUGUAAAUAAAAUAUUUUUAAGUAUAUAAUAUUAAUUCGAGACUCGAGAGAGGUAGUUGAUCUGAAUUAAUAUAUUAUUAUUAACUAUUAUCAUUAUCAUUAUUAACUGAUAUUAGAGAAAUUCUAUGAUAUAUAUGGUACAAUUUUGAUGUACAAUAAGAUGUAUUAAUUGGUUGGUGUUAUUAUAUUGAAAGAUAUAGAGGAUAAAUUUAGCACUAA